AUGUUCCUCGUUUGCAACGGGAUUCUCGUGAUCCUCGCCAAGAACUUGAGACUCGACUCAUCCUCCUCGGAUGUCGUUCAAAUUACGGAAAUGCCCCUAGAAGAUGUGGAGCAAGUCGAUUAUAGUCCUACGAGCAUUGGAAUGUUGGAGGCAAGGCCGGUAUGGAUAUUAAUAGAAGAACCACCCAAAAUGUUGUCAAAAGAAGGAGAAGAUAAUCGAGAAAAUGCAGGGACACUUAUGGAAAACGACAACAAUAAUGACGUGAAGAUUGUUGAAGAUCUUGAAGCGAAUCAACCAACAUCUCUCGAACUACACGAAACGGAAGUAAGGGCCUGUUUGGGUCGGGAGAGUGAAGAAUACUGGGAAGAGGAAGACGAAUUAGACACAUCAUCGAACGAAAUGGAUGUUGUAAUAAGCGAUGUGCACGUUAGCACUGAAGAGUUGAACAUGAAGUUCGAAGAGUUCAUUCGGAAAAUGAAGGAGGAGCUUCGGAUUGAGGCCCGGAAUACCAUGAUAGAAGCUUUGUAA